GUUCUUAAAAUGGAACCCGUUGCCUUAUUAACUGGCUUUGUGCCUUUUAAAAAGGUAGUACAUUUCUAAUUUAUUAGUGGUAUUUUUAAUUAUGACCAUACUCAUAACACCAAAUAUUUACAUCGUCCUGAGUGGGUUGUAGAACACUUUUAGACUCUCUCUUUUAAUUCUUACAAUAUCCACUAAUAGCAGGCAAGGCAUGUGCUAUUAUCCCCAGUCUACAGAUGAGACUGGUCUUCUGAUGCCUAAUCUAGGACUCUUUCCUCUAUUUCACAUUCUCCCUCUUACUGUUCAGACCUUCAUAAUGUAUAUUUAGAACAGUCAAGAGCCUUCCAGAUUUCCUUGACCAUUUUGAUAAUCAAGUUUGGUAGCAUUUAUUCCUUAACUAAGGUAAGAUUGCCCUCCCCGAGAAGUGAGUUGUGAAAAGUCAGGUUCGGUCAAGCAGAUGAUGACAUGGCAUGGACUAAGUGUUGGUAGUCAUACAUGUUAGUCAUAUACCAAAACCGUACACAUACCUGGAUGUCUCUAGGCAGAAAACAUAAGGGGCAGGUUUUGUUCAUUUGUUUGUUUUCCUUUGGCCAUAGAACCUGUUUUGGUUAACUCAGCAUUAUCUUUGCAAGUCCCACCCUGUAACAAACCCUGUUUGAUGUCUGACUUUAUCUCUUGCCUCUCUAUUCCGAGGGGAACGGGCCCUUCGUCAGACGCCGGCUGGGGAUGUAUGCUACGCUGUGGACAGAUGAUGCUGGCUCAAGCCCUUAUCUGCAGACACUUGGGCAGGGACUGGAACUGGGAGAGACAGAAAGAACAACCCAAAGAAUACCAACGAAUCCUACAGUGCUUCCUAGAUAGAAAAGACUGUUGCUACUCUAUCCAUCAAAUGGCACAGAUGGGUGUAGGAGAAGGGAAAUCAAUUGGCGAAUGGUUUGGACCAAAUACAGUUGCACAGGUGUUAAAAAAACUUGCUUUAUUUGAUGAAUGGAAUUCCUUGGCUGUUUAUGUUUCAAUGGAUAACACCGUGGUUAUUGAAGAUAUCAAAAAAAUGUGCCACACCCUCCCCUUGAGUGCUGAAACAGCUGCCGAGAGCCCCCCUGAGUCUCUGAAUGCUUCGACCCAGAGUAAGGGCCCCUCUGCCUGCUCUCCAGCCUGGAAACCCUUGCUGCUCAUUGUGCCCCUCCGCCUGGGCAUAAACCAAAUCAAUCCUGUCUAUGUCGACGCCUUCAAAGAGUGUUUUAAGAUGCCACAGUCUUUAGGGGCAUUAGGAGGAAAACCAAAUAACGCCUAUUAUUUCAUAGGAUUCUUAGGUGAUGAGCUCAUUUUCCUGGACCCUCACACAACCCAGACCUUUGUUGACACUGAGGAGAACGGGACGGUUGACGACCAGACUUUCCAUUGUCUGCAACCUCCACAGCGAAUGAACAUCCUGAACUUGGAUCCUUCCGUAGCAUUGGGAUUUUUCUGCAAAGAAGAAAAAGACUUUGAUAGCUGGUGUAGCCUUGUUCAGAAGGAAAUUCUAAAGGAAAAUUUAAGGAUGUUUGAAUUAGUUCAGAAACAUCCAUCACACUGGCCUCCCUUUGUUCCUCCAGCCAAGCCAGAAGUGACAACCACGGGGGCAGAAUUCAUCGACUCUACUGAACAACUAGAGGAGUUUGACCUGGAGGAAGAUUUCGAGAUUCUGAGCAUAUAGAAUAGUGGGAACUCACCUUGGAGAUCUGUCUUCCAUCUGGCACCAGAAGAACAUGAAUUUAUCACAUAAAACUUUUCUAGUCAGCAAGUGCCUGAUAUGCCAACAGCAUACAAACUUGAUAGCAAUCAUGACUGAGCCAAUCACCUUUUCUCAGAAAAAAACACACAAGUGAACAAUAUACCCCUUCCCCAGAAAGAACUAAAACAAUCAUGGAAUCUAGGAGCAGAAAGAUUAGGAGUCGUCUCUUGCACUUCCCAGCUUCUUACAUGGCCACAGCGAACCUUCAGCUACUGAAAUGAGGAGGUGGAUGUCUGGAAGAUAGACAGCAACUCCCACCUUGCUUCCAGCACCAGCAGAUGAGAGAUGGUUACCCUGUGCUUCUUCACCCUUUCAGGUUUGACCUCUCUGGGCUAAAUACUAAGAAGCAACCUGUUCUCUUGCUCUAAUAAUAAAGUGAUAAUCGUAUCAGGGAAAAAAA